UGGAUUCGUCGUUUUUGAGGUUGGAAUGAUUUGUUUAUUAUAAUUUUUAAAGAAUAUAUUUUGUUAAUUAGUAACAAAAAUAUUUAUUUACUAUCCUAAAACUUAAUAUGCUAUAUUGAAAUGUCUCAAGAGGAUGAUAAUAUUCAUGUCUUGGAAGGAAGCAGUAAUCAGAAAGGUGGUCUCAUCGUCAAAAAAAGCACUACGACCCCAACUUUCAAAGUUCCUCAACGAUCGUUAUUGGGCUUAGAUAAACUUGCAGCAGCUAAAAGAAAAGAGAGAGAGGAAAAUGCUGAUAAAAAAAUCUCACUGAACCCAGAAGACGGAUCGAAGAAAGUUUCAGGAGAUUCUCGAAAUUUCAGAAUACCACAAUCAGAGACACCAACAUACACAGGAGGUGUAACAGAAGAAGCUCGGAAAAGGUUGUUGGAUAGGUUGGAUACAACUAAAUGGAAGGAAAGGGGAGUUUAUGCAUCUUCUAAGGAAUCAAAGAGAAGGUCUAGCAAUUAUGAUGAGAAGAGUGAAAGUCGUAAUGAAAAGAGAUAUGAACAUAGAGAUAGCAGGAAACAUAGGGAUAGUGAGAGGAGAAAUAAUCAUGAUGAUAGCGAACGGUCAGAUCGUAGAAGCUCUAGAAGAGAAUUUAGAUUUAGAGAUGAACCUGGUACUCCUGAUCUGAGGGUCAAAAGUGAUGUUUCAAAAACAGCAUGGGAAGAAGAAGAUACAGGAUACCAACCAAGAAAAUCAUCCUGGGAUUACCCCACUCCAUCUCUUUACAAAAGACAGGAGGGUAGUUGGUCAGAAAGAAGUCAUCAAUCCAGAAGGCAUGAUUAUUAUAGCGAAAGAGAUAACAGAAAGACUAAGAAAUCAAAAUAUGACGAUGAUACACCAAAACCUACUCCAGCACAUCGUUACAAUUCAUGGAUGAAUGAUAGAAAAAGAACAGGAGCAACACCUGGCGUAUCGCAAGAAGCUAAGGUGAAAUGGGAUGCUACUGUCGAUAGAGAAGCUUGGGAAGAGGAACAAAGAAGAAUAGAUAGGGAAUGGUACAACAUAGAUGAAGGGUAUGAUGAUGAAAAUAAUCCAUUUUCAAGUAUCAGUGAAGAAUAUACAAAGAAAAAGGAAGAACAGUUGGAACAAAGAAGGAAAAAAAGGUUAUCUGCACAACAGAGGCAAAUAAAUAAAGAUAAUGAAUUAUGGGAAAGAAAUAGGAUGCUUACUUCUGGUGUUGUACAUUCUGUUGUGUUUAAUGAAGAUUAUGACGAGGAUACUCUAGAUAGAGUCCAUUUACUCGUACAUAACAUAGUACCACCUUUUCUUGAUGGAAGGAUUGUAUUUACAAAGCAGCCAGAACCUGUUAUUCCAGUCAGAGAUCCAACUUCAGAUAUGGCUUUGUUGGCUAGAAAAGGAAGCCAUUUGGUGAGAGUCUUCAGGGAACAAAAAGAAAAGAGAAAAGCUCAGAAGAAACAUUGGGAGCUUGGUGGUACUAAAAUAGGUAACAUAAUGGGUAUAAAGAAAAAAGAAGAUGAGGAAGACAAAAGAUACAACAAAGACGAUGAUACAGCAGAUUAUAAAACAGAUCAAAAGUUUGCUGAACAUAUGAAAACCCAAGAGGGAACAAGUGAUUUUUCUAGGAAAAAAACUAUCACGGAACAGAGGAGAUUCCUGCCGGUUUUUGCAGUUAGGCAGGAACUUCUCAACGUUAUCAGGGAAAAUUCUGUAGUGAUUAUUGUAGGUGAAACUGGUAGUGGUAAAACAACACAGUUAACACAAUACCUGCACGAAGACGGUUACAGUAAGUUUGGAAUGAUCGGCUGUACGCAGCCAAGAAGAGUUGCCGCCAUGUCUGUUGCAAAACGUGUGAGUGAUGAAAUGGGCACGCAAUUGGGAGAUGAAGUUGGUUAUGCCAUACGUUUCGAGGAUUGCACUUCCGAAAAUACUGUAAUAAAGUACAUGACCGAUGGAAUAUUACUGAGGGAAAGUCUGAGAGAAGCUGAACUGGAUCACUACAGUGUCAUCAUCAUGGAUGAAGCUCACGAGAGAUCUCUAAGUACAGAUGUACUGUUUGGACUCCUAAGAGAGAUCGUUGCUAAGCGUCAUGAUCUCAAACUUAUAGUCACAUCAGCCACCAUGGAUUCCAGUAAAUUUUCAACAUUCUUCGGCAAUGUUCCAACAUUCACCAUACCUGGACGAACAUUUCCAGUUGAAACAUUGUUCAGUAAAAAUCCGGUUGAAGAUUAUGUAGAUGCUGCAGUGAAACAAGCCCUGCAAAUACAUCUACAGCCCCCAUCAGGCGACAUUCUCAUAUUCAUGCCAGGUCAAGAGGAUAUUGAAGUUACAUGUGAGGUUCUAGCUGAGAGGUUAGCAGAGAUCGACAACGCACCUGAAUUGUCUAUAUUACCAAUAUAUUCGCAACUACCCUCAGAUCUACAAGCGAAAAUCUUCCAGAGAUCCCCUGAUGGUAUCAGAAAAUGUGUGGUGGCCACAAAUAUUGCUGAAACAUCGCUGACCGUAGACGGUAUUAUAUUCGUAAUUGAUUCAGGAUAUUGCAAAUUGAAAGUGUAUAAUCCGAGGAUUGGUAUGGAUGCCUUACAGAUAUACCCUAUAAGUCAGGCCAAUGCUAACCAAAGGUCUGGUAGAGCAGGUCGUACAGGUCCAGGUCAGGCAUUUCGUUUAUACACUGAGAGACAAUAUAAGGAAGAACUUCUUAUCACAACUGUUCCUGAGAUUCAAAGAACCAAUCUUGCCAACACGGUUCUAUUGCUCAAGUCGUUGGGUGUGCAGGAUUUGCUGCAGUUUCAUUUCAUGGACCCGCCCCCACAGGAUAACAUCCUGAAUUCUUUGUACCAACUCUGGAUAUUGCGAGCAUUAGAUCAUACAGGAAUGCUAACAAAAUUAGGAAGGCAAAUGGCCGAAUUCCCUCUAGAUCCGCCACAAUGUCAAAUGUUGAUCGUUUCUAGUCAGAUGGGAUGCACAGCUGAAAUUCUGAUCAUAGUAUCCAUGUUGUCGGUACCUUCCAUAUUUUUCCGACCGAAGGGAAGAGAGGAAGAAGCAGACGGUGUUAGGGAGAAGUUUCAAGUGCCCGAAAGUGAUCAUUUGACCUUCUUGAAUGUUUAUAAUCAAUGGAAACAAAAUGGCUACUCAUCACAUUGGUGUAAUGAACAUUUCAUCCAUAUAAAAGCGAUGAGGAAAGUGAGAGAGGUCAGGCAGCAACUUAAGGAUAUUCUGAUCCAACAAAAAUUGGACAUACAGUCCUGUGGGACUGAUUGGGAUAUUAUAAGAAAGUGCAUUUGUUCAGCGUACUUCCACCAAGCAGCCCGUCUCAAAGGAAUCGGAGAGUAUGUGAACUGCAGAACAGGCAUGCCCUGCCACUUGCAUCCAACAUCAGCUCUAUUUGGCCUGGGUAACACUCCAGAUUAUGUCGUUUACCACGAAUUGGUGAUGACGGCGAAGGAGUACAUGCAGUGCGUCACCUCUGUCGAUGGCCACUGGCUCGCAGAAUUGGGACCCAUGUUUUUCUCGGUCAAAGAAAGCGGUAAAUCGGGAAGGGCGAAGAAGAAACAAGCAGCCGAACAUUUGCAAGAAAUGGAGAAUCAGAUGCAGGUCGCGCAAGAAGAAAUGAGAGCGAGGAAGGAGGCAGCAGAUAAAAAGGAGGCUGCUAUGAAGAAGGGGCAGGAAAUCAUCUCUGCUGGUACAACACCAAGGAGGACGCCAUCUCGGCUAGGAUUGUAAUUUAGUGUGUAAAAGUUGAUUUUUUUAAUCAAAAAUAAAAAGUUUUUUAAAGUUUU